ACCUUGAACUACAAAAACCCCUUGGCCUUAUCUCCUUUCUUUUAAAAAUAAUGCUAAAACCCUCAUUUCCAGUUUCUGCAAUUCUUUCCAUCAAUCCAUCUCAUCAAUGGCUUUCACUUUCACUUCACAAUUACAUUCUCUCUCUUCGAACCCUAACUUUCUUUCUCCAAAAAUCUUCACUCUAAAACCCAUCCCUUCUUUCCUAAAGCUCCAAUUUAGCUCACUCCGUUACUUACACCCGCCACUCGCCAUCGGUCGGGACGGCAAAUUUUAUCCGAACCCAGCCGAUAACGACCCGCCCGAGGCCCCGGAAGAUUCUUCUCAUGGAGUAUCAAAGUUUGAACAAAUCAAAAUCCAAGCUUCCCGUGCAAGGAAAAUCCAAGAAGAGGACUUUAAAAAAAAUCAGUCAACUUUUCUCAACGCCAUUACUGAAACUGAGGACCCAUCUGUAAGUUCUAAUUUAGCAAGUCAGGAUGAUUUGUUUGGUGAGAUUGAUAAGGCAAUUGCAUUGAAAAGAGAUGAGUUUAUUAAGCAAGGACUUAUAAAAUCAACAACAAAUAAAGCUGAUGGAAAUGUUCUUGAGGGAAUUGAGGAGUUAGAGCCUGAAGAAGUAGUUGAUUUAGAUGAGAUUAAUGAGUUGCAAGGGCUUAGGGUUGUGGAUGCUGAGCCUGAUGAGGAUGAUGAUAUUAGUAGAUUUGAUGCGGGUAUUGGUCCAAAGGGCAAAAAAGUUGACAAUGGGUUAUCUUUGGAUCCUUCUUUUGAUUUGGAUUUUGAUAGUUAUGGGAAAGGGAAGGCCAACAUUGUUGAACCAAAGUUUAAAAUGAGUUUGGCUGAGCUUUUAGAUGAGAGUAAAGUGGUGCCUGUUUCAGUUGCUGGGGACUUGGAGGUGGAGAUUACUGGGAUUCAACACGAUUCCAGAAUGGUAAAUGCUGGUGAUUUGUUUGUGUGUUGUGUCGGGAGGAAAACAGAUGGACAUUUGUAUUUGAGUGAGGCAGACAAGAGAGGAGCGGUUGCUGUUGUGGCCAGUAAAGAGAUUGAUAUAGAGGAGACUUUGGGGUGUAAAGGUUUGGUAAUUGUGGAGGAUACUAAUGCUGUUUUGCCUGCGUUGGCUGCAGCGUUUUAUAAGUACCCGUCAAAAAACAUGGCUGUGAUUGGGAUAACUGGAACAGAUGGCAAAACUACUGCAGCAUAUUUGAUUAAAGGGAUGUAUGAGGCAAUGGGGUUGAGGACUGGGAUGUUAAGUACAGUUGCGUAUUAUAUACAUGGCGAUAAUAAGUUGGAAUCACCUAAUACUGCGCCGGAUGCGGUUUUAGUUCAGAAUUUGAUGGCUAAGAUGGUACAUAAUGGGACUGAAGCUGUUGUUAUGGAGGUGUCUUCCCAAGGACCAGCUUCUGGGAGUUGCAAUGAGGUUGAUUUUGAUAUUUCAGUUUUUACCAAUUUAAGAGUGGAUCACCUGGAUUUUCAAGGGACUGAGGAGGAAUAUAGGGAUGCCAAAGCUGAGUUGUUUGCUAGGAUGGUUGAUCCAGAAAGGCACAGGAAAAUUGUUAACAUUGAGGACCCCAAUGCUUCUUUUUUUAUUGCACAGGGGAAUCCAGAUGUGCCUGUUGUGACCUUUGCUAUGGACAAUAAAAGUGCAGAUGUUCAUCCCUUGAAGUUUGAACUGUCCCUUUUUGAGACACAGGUUUUGGUUAAUACACCCCAUGGUAUAUUAGAGAUUUCAUCUGGAUUGCUUGGGAGGCAUAAUAUCUAUAAUAUUCUAGCUGCUGUUGCUGUUGGGAUUGCAGUUGGGGCACCAUUGGAGGACAUAGUCAGAGGGAUUGAAGAGAUUGAUGCAGUUCCUGGUAGGUGUGAGUUAAUAGAUGAGGAGCAGGCAUUUGGUGUGAUAGUGGACUCUGCUCAUACUCCUGAAGCCCUAUCUAGGCUGCUUGAUUCUGUAAGAGAGCUCAGGCCUAGGAGGAUUAUAACCGUUAUUGGAUGUGUGGGUGAGGGCGAAAGAGGCAAGAGACCAAUGAUGACAAAAAUUGCAACAGAAAAAAGUGAGGUGACAAUUCUGACGUCUGACAAUCCAAAAACUGAAGAUCCAUUGGACAUCUUGGAUGACAUGUUGGCUGGUGUGGGAUGGACAAUGCAGGAUUAUUUGAAAUAUGGGGAGAAUGAUUACUAUCCACCUCUUCCUAAUGGUCAUCGUCUUUUUCUACAUGAUAUUAGACGAGUGGCUGUACGUUGUGCUGUUGCCAUGGGGGAAGAAGGUGAUAUGGUUGUGGUUGCUGGUAAAGGCCAUGAGACAUAUCAAAUUGAAGGUGACAAAAGAGAGUUCUUCGAUGAUCGUGAGGAGUGCAGGGAAGCUUUGCAGUAUGUUGAUGAGCUUCAUCAAGCUGGGAUAGACACAAGUGAAUUUCCAUGGCGGUUACCAGAAAGCCAUUGAUUUUCAGUUA